AUGGCAAAUAUAGCAGACUACUCACGGCCCACGACGCCCGACUCGUACAACCCCAAUGGCCUCGCCUCGCCCCGUACCCCCAAAUCCAGUCUCGCACUCACCGAAUACACGGCAAACCCCAGUCCACGCUCUGAGUCGUCAUCCCCCAAAGCACCGCACCACCUCAUCCCCGACGCAUUCCUUUUACCGAAUGGGUACCCAGACUACCUGCGCCUGAUCUUGACAUCGCGCGUGUACGAAGUAGUGAAAGAGACGCCAUUGACACAUGCAACGAACCUGAGUAAUCGGUUAGAAUGUAAUGUACUACUCAAGAGAGAGGACCUGCAACCGGUGUUUAGUUUCAAGCUGCGCGGUGCAUACAACAAAAUGGCGCAUCUUGAACCCAAAGACCGGUGGCGUGGCGUAGUGGCAUGUAGUGCAGGCAACCACGCGCAAGGAGUUGCAUAUUCAGCGCGGAAGUUGAAGAUACCCGCUACCAUCGUCAUGCCAUCAGGAACCCCAGACAUCAAACACAAGAACGUGUCCAGACUAGGUGGAUCGGUUAUUCUCCACGGCGCAGACUUUGACGAGGCAAAAGCCGAAGCUGCGCGGUUGGAGAAACUCCACGGUCUGGUGUCCAUACCACCCUUCGACGACCCCUAUGUAAUCGCCGGCCAAGGAACUGUCGGCAUGGAACUUCUCCGCCAAACCAACCUCCAAGACCUAAAAGCCGUCUUCUGCUGCGUCGGCGGCGGCGGUCUAAUCGCUGGAACAGGCGUCUACAUCAAACGCAUCGCGCCGCACGUGAAGAUAAUUGGGGUAGAACAAUACGACGCAAACGCCAUGGUAGAAUCCCUCAAAGCAGGCAAACGCGUCUUCCUAAACGACGUUGGUCUCUUCGCCGACGGCGCCGCCGUAAAAACAGUCGGCGAAGAAACCUUCCGCAUCUGUCAAGAAGUCGUCGACGAAGUCGUCCAAGUCACAACCGACGAGACCUGCGCAGCCAUAAAAGACAUGUUCGAAGACACACGCUCCAUCGUCGAACCAGCCGGUGCCCUUGCCCUUGCCGGCCUGAAAAAAUGGGUUCAGAGAAACCCGUGUCCAGAUCGCACACGCGGUCUCAUCGCCAUAGCAUCAGGCGCAAACAUGAACUUCAACCGCCUCCGCUUCGUCGCCGAACGCGCCUCUAUUGGUGAAAACAAAGAAGCCAUCCUCUCCGUCCGUAUACCAGAAACCCCCGGCUCUUUCGCCGCACUCGUCGAUAUCAUACAUCCCAUGCCCGUCUCGGAAUUCUCAUACCGCUACAGCUCCCCGCAUUCUGCCCAUAUCCUCGUAGGCGUCCAGGUAAAACCCUCCUCCCGCGAAGCCGACAUCGAAGACCUCAUCGCGCGUCUCGCCAUCGCAGGCAUGCACGCCAAAGACCUCUCGCACGAUGAAUUGGUUAAAUCGCACAUUCGCUAUCUCGUCGGUGGCCGCAGCAAUGCCGCUGAUGAGCAAAUGUUCAUGUUCGAAUUUCCAGAGCGCGGUGGUGCACUGUAUAAAUUUCUAAAUACGCUUCAGCCAGGUGGCAUGAAUAUCAGUCUAUUCCAUUACCGCAAUUACGGCGGCGAUGUCGCGAAGAUUCUGGCGGGCAUUCAGUGUAAAGAGGAGGAGAGGGGCAUGUUGAAGCAGUUUUUGAAGGAGAUUGGGUAUCCGUAUAUGGAUGUUACGGAGAAUGAGAGUUAUAGGAUGUUUUUGAGGGAUUAG